AUGUUACUUAUCGACCAGGAUAAGGAUAUACGGUUGACUCCACCAAUAGGGCUAGGAAGCAUAACACUUACAGGAGCAAUGUUUUUGGUUACAUCUGCAUUACUCGGAUAUGUGAGUUCUCUCUCCCCUUUCCCCUCCCUCCCCCCUCCCUCUGGUUUGCCUUUCGAUUGCUCUGUUGUACUCCUGGGGCCUUUAUUCGGACUGUUUUCCCUUUUUCCUUUUGACAGUAAAAGAUUGUCUCUUUACUUGAAUGAUCAUCAAAAUCCUAUAAAAUUUGUACCGUGUUCAAACGUAUCAUCUCUAAACUGUGAAUUGCUUCUGUGGUUUCAAAUAUAUUCACCUCAACUGGAUUCUCCUCCACCUAGAUGGGUUCAUGUUGCUCAUGGUUUAUUGCUCUUCUUAUAUCAGACUUUUGAUGCUGUUGAUGGAAAGCAAGCAAGAAGAACAAAUUCGUCGAGUCCACUGGGAGAACUUUUUGACCAUGGAUGUGAUGCUCUUGCAUGUGCGUUUGAAGCCAUGGCUUAUGGAAGCACUGCCAUGUGUGGUGGAAGUGCUUUCUGGUUCUGGUUUAUAUCAGCAGUCCCUUUCUACUUUGCUACAUGGGAACACUAUUUCACCCAUACCCUCAUUCUUCCAGCUAUAAAUGGACCUACGGAAGGUGCUGAGUGGUGGGUCCAGGCGUUUGGAAAAUCCAUCCCUUUCUUGAGUUGGCUUCCAUUUAUAAGUCAACUCACAAUGUAUAAGGCUGCAUUGUAUUUAAUGAUAAUUUUUGCAGUUAUCCCCACAAUCUCGUUCAAUGUAUACAAUGUUUAUAAGGUUGUGAAGGCAAGAAAAGGAAGCAUGGUGCUGGCUUUGGCGAUGCUCUAUCCUUUCAUUGUGCUUCUGGGUGGUGUUCUGUUGUGGGAAUACUUGUCUACUUCUGGCUUAAUGAAUAACUACCCUCACUUGGUCAUACUCAGUAUAGGGCUUGCAUUUGUGUUUCUUGUGGGUAGGAUGAUUCUUGCUCAUUUAUGUGACGAACCCAAGGGUUUGAAAACAAGCAUGUGCAUGUCAUUAUUUUAUCUGCCUUUUGCGAUUGCAAAUGCACUCACUGCUAGGCUUAAUGAUGGGGCUCCUUUAGUUGAUGAGUUCUGGGUUCUUCUUGGUUUCUUUGGGUACGCAGUUGUACUUUAUCUGCAUUUUGCUACAUCAGUCAUUCAUGAAAUAACAUCAGCACUGGGAAUAUACUGCUUCAGGAUAACUAGUAAAGAAGCGUGAGCAUGAUUAUUAUUACUUUUUAUUGGCUGCAACUUGAGGUUAGCUCUCCAAAACCAAUCGAUCAACGUUUUUUGUUUUUGCUAUUCCUUUGCGGAGAGAACUGCACUUUUGGUAGAUCCAAACACAAUUGAGAUGGUGACAAAUUUUGAGCAGAUAUAUUUGUAUACACGCACGCUUAAUGUACCAAAUUAAUUCAUUGUUAUCUAUGGGCCUAUCCCCUUGGCCCAAUCUCUCCCUCAACUCCCUUCCCAACCUACACCUCAAAAACUGAUGACCUGGAUACACGUAAGACAAUUAUAUAUACAUCAGAUUUUUAAUUCCAUGUAAUAAAAGGUUGGUUGGACACAUAAGCAUCGAUGACCGGUUUCUAACUUUGAUGUAUCGUUCUGCAAAGAAAUCAAAUGUCAUGGUAUUC